UGUGUGAGGGAGGGAAGGAGCGAGCGGGCGAGCAAGCAGCCCGCGCCGACCGCUCGCGGCACCAGCAAGGGCCCCCCACCCGCCGCCGCCACCCGCAGCCCUGCACCGAGGCCGGGCCGAGCCGAGCUGGGUCGGGCCCGGGCCAUGCUGCUCACCGUGUACUGUGUGCGGAGGGACCUCUCCGAGGUGACCUUUUCCCUUCAGGUCGACGCCGACUUUGAGCUGCACAACUUCCGCGCGCUGUGCGAGCUGGAGUCCGGCAUCCCCGCAGCCGAGAGCCAGAUUGUCUAUGCUGAAAGACCUCUCACAGACAACCACAGAUCACUGGCUUCUUACGGCUUGAAAGAUGGAGACGUUGUGAUUUUACGACAGAAGGAGAAUGCAGACCCUCGACCUCCAGUGCAUUUUCCAAACUUACCCCGAAUAGACUUUCGUAGUAUAGCUGUGCCUGGCACAUCGAGCUCCCGGCAGCGGCAGCCACCAGGAGCACAGCAGUCCCACUCAUCUCCCGGAGAAAUAGCUUCAUCUCCUCAGGGCUUGGACAAUCCAGCCUUGCUCCGAGACAUGUUGCUGGCCAACCCCCAUGAGCUGUCCUUGCUGAAGGAACGCAACCCGCCCCUAGCGGACGCUCUGCUCAGCGGUGAUCUCGAGAAAUUUUCUAGGGUCCUUGUGGAGCAGCAGCAGGACCGAGCCAGGAGAGAGCAAGAAAGGAUUCGUCUCUUUUCUGCUGACCCGUUUGAUCUUGAAGCUCAGGCAAAAAUAGAAGAAGAUAUAAGGCAACAGAACAUUGAGGAAAACAUGACAAUAGCUAUGGAAGAGGCUCCGGAAAGUUUUGGCCAAGUAGUGAUGCUUUAUAUAAACUGCAAAGUGAAUGGACAUCCUGUGAAAGCCUUUGUCGACUCAGGUGCCCAGAUGACUAUUAUGAGCCAAGCUUGUGCAGAAAGGUGUAAUAUAAUGCGGCUGGUGGAUCGGCGGUGGGCAGGGAUCGCCAAAGGAGUGGGCACGCAGAAGAUUAUUGGAAGGGUACAUCUAGCUCAGGUUCAAAUUGAAGGAGAUUUCCUGGCGUGUUCCUUCUCUAUACUUGAGGAACAGCCCAUGGACAUGCUCCUGGGACUGGACAUGCUGAAACGACAUCAGUGUUCCAUUGACCUCAAGAAAAAUGUCCUGGUGAUCGGCACCACAGGCUCACAGACCACCUUCCUUCCUGAGGGCGAGUUACCAGAGUGUGCCCGGUUGGCAUAUGGGGCCGGGCGAGAGGACGUGAGGCCAGAGGACAUUGCAGACCAAGAAUUAGCAGAAGCCCUUCAAAAGUCCGUACAGGAUACAGGUAUCGGCAGUGGCCAGGCUCUUGAAUGAUACUGUCAUUGGUGGGUGAGCCAGGGAAGUUCAAGCUGCAGAGGGGAUAGGGGGACCUUCCCAGUUCGUAAUCAGUCUCAUCGUCCUGUCAGAUGUGUUCCUUGUCCUCUUACUGCCUCCUUCCAUCUCUAAAUACAAUAAAGAAAAACUGUGUUUCAGCAGAUUAAGAAACAGCAAACAGCAAUCCACCGGUAUGUGCACGAUAGAUUGGGGAGUUACUUGCAUAGGCACAUUUUGGUAGACUUCCUAAAAAAAUCGUUUGUGUUUUUUUUCCCCCACCUAAAGAAAAUUAUAACAGUAAGCAGACACUUCUUUUGAGUUCAACAGUAUUUCCCUGAAAUUUUCUUCUCCUUUUCUUAGGCCCAUCUAUUUUGAAGAAUAGUGUAGUCAUUGUGAUUAUGCAACCCUAGCCUUUUUAAUAUCGGCUGAAAGUGCUGUCACCAGAGACGGAAGAAAUAGCAAUAAGAAGCAUAAUUGAACAUUAAUCAAAAUAUAGUGUUUAUGCUAUUAAUGACGUCACACUAGUGUGUCACUGGGCCAAAUAAGAAUAGUGUGUAAGCUAUUGAAAUGAAGCUACCUAAUUCUUUUUUUCCUCAGUCUCAAUUGUUGUAGCUUACUUAAAUCUAAAGAGCAAGCCAAGUUUUCUGGUAAAAUGGAAGGACACAGUUUUGCUGAAAUUCCAUUUCUGUGGGUAAUUUUUCCCCAUCUGUUUCAGAACAGUAACUCUGGGAUGCAUUUUCUAGAAGCUGAAGAGAAUGAACUUUUAAGUUUGGGUUAUUUUAAAGUCUUGAGCAUAAUUAUUCAUCAGUGACUAACAUCACACAUUGCAUUUUCUGGUAUUUAAUAAAAUGUAUUAGAGCUACAAGGUCAGGGAGUAGCUUUCCCCUAAAGACAAAAAGGAUAAGAGCUUUCAAAAUAACCAGCCAAAUUUUGCCAGUGUUUAUUACUGGAGAACAUACAGUGGUUUAGCCCUGAGCCUCCGUAGACUGGGCGUGGGUAGCAGAUGGAGUUUUCCAAGCUGGCCUUGUUCAGAAUCUACUCCACCAGCACCUUUUAGCUCAGUUUUAUGUAUGAAGUACAGUUUUGGUUGUGACUUAAGUAUUUUGUAAGAAAGGGAGAAUUUCGAACAACCAGACAGAAAAAAUUCAUAGUUUUAAUCUUCACUGCAAGGCAAGCUUGAAUGAGUUUGAUGUACCUACUUAGAAGAUUUUACAUUUCUGUAGUAACUUGUGAGCUUAGUCAUAACACCAUGUAUUAAUAAAAUGGGGCAUAUUUUAAUUUUGUGAAAUCUCUAUUCCCCCCCGCCGCCCCACACACAGUUUGGCACUUUUGUUUGAGAAACACUAGCUCACGGUAGCAGUGCUUUCCAACCUGGUAACACUUUCUCUCUUUGGGUAAUUACCUUCUUUUAAUAUAAAGUUUAGGAGAUUCAAAUAGAAACCACAGUUUUUAUGCCUAGUGAGGGAGAGAUACUAAUUUGGAAGGAUUAAAAGGAAAUGGCGCUCUCUAUGACCUUUUGUUACUGACAGUGUAUUGGCGUGUGCUAAUUUUUGUAAUGUUAAGUAAUGAAAUAAUCUUACAACAUCAGGUCCUAUUUGUCUGGAACAUCAGCUUUCCAAUAUCAUCAAAAUCGAAACUCUGGACAUAGUAGGUGAAAGUAUUUUUGUUAAAAACUAUUUCUUUGGUGACUACUCUAUACCAAAGUAUCUUUAUCUUAUCUAUCAAUUGAAAAAUAAUUCAGAGUAGGAGCUGUAUCUGAUAUGUUCUAAAAACAGGUUAAAAGGUAAAUUAAGCUACGUUAGAUGGUCAGGUUUGGUUUGUUUUUCUUCUAAAAUAAAUCUCAACCGAGAAAGAAAUUUGGAAAGUGACUGUUACAUGUGUUUUACUCCAUGAGAUGGCCAUGUCGUGUAGUUCCGUCUAUGGGUCUACUUUUUUUCACUGUCUCACAUGUUUGCCCCUGAUUCUCUGUGUGUGAAAUUAAUUUCUUUCCAAGUUCUGUUGAAAAUCUGUUGAAGUUGACAGAUGACUUUCUGUAUUGUGAGAGAAUUAAAGCAACCGGUGAAUCUUUUGGAUGUCCAAACGACAGACACAUACAUUCCCCAGCUUUGACCCUCCCAGUUCCUGAUGUUAAAGAUGACAAAGGAAUGGAGACUGUAACCCCGCAUGCUGUGUGGUUUGCAUUGUUAACCCAA